AUGCCCCCAUUCGACUACACAAAAAUUGGAGUGAGCCUACAAGAGCAUAUUGCCACCUUGGUCCCUGCCUUUGAAGCAGCUGAGCGGAAUGAAUCACAGGAACAUCUCCUGUACGAGCCCUGGAAUCUUGCCCUUUCUUGGCUCACUUUUGGACAAAGUACACCCACCUGCAGGCUCAGUGUUGCACCGCAACGUCAUUUUUACUUCAACUUUUCACCUGUUCCAUCUUUAAGUGCCAACCCUAUGAGCGCUAAACUGCUAUCUGUGCAAGCCAUUCGUGUAGCUUGCACAAGGUGGCAAAUUAUUGAUGGUACAGAUGCGGAUGUCUUAGCCUCCGGAAGUGUAGGACAUGCCGCUGCUGUAGACAACAACAAAAUUCUGAGCUCGACACUUUCCUCGCUUUUGACUUUAACUAUUUCAUCGCGGGCAGCAUCUGUUGCUUUAUCCCAGUCAAGUGAUCACAGUAAUGUGGACAGAGACUCGUACAGGAUCCCAGAUUUUGCUAUCUUAUCCAGAACCGGUCAUGAAGAGCAACUGCAAGAGCAGGUGCCUUUCAUCAUAGAAGUCAAGACACACACCACCAACCAACUUCCAGAUGACCAGUUCCUGAUUAUGUUGACACAAGUUGCCUAUCAAGCUAAAGCCGUCUUUAGUGCAUAUCCUCAACAGGAACAUUUACACGCUAUUUGUGUCGUUGGACGGUAUUACAAGAUAUUGCAUUUGAAUCAGGCUACAAUUGCAGGAGUACCAUGA